UCGCAGCCUCCUCCGGAAGUCCAACAGCCACGAUGCAAGUACUGACGGUGCUGAGCUGCCUGCUGGCUGCCGCCAUGGCGAGGCCCGGCUUCCUGGGCGCCGCCCCCGGCUUCUUGGGCGCGGGCUACGCCGGACCUGCGGCCUACGGCGGCUACGCGGGCGCCCACCACUUCGCGCCGGCCAACAUCGUGAUCGGACCCGGCGGCGUGCCUUUCGACACCCCCGAGGUGGCGGCCGCGCGCAAGGCGCACCUCACCUACGUGGCCGAGACGCGCGCCCGCGACGCCGCCGUCAACGCCAUUUGA